UAAUACUUUCAACACUACUAUAUAACAAAUAAUUUGAGGUAGGAUGAGUAUUCAGUGGGUCUUGGUAUCUGGGUUUCUCUAUGCUGAGAUAGCAUUAGCACUGCUCAUCAGCAUACCAUGGAUAUCGUGCAAGAGGUGGCACAGGAUUUUCAACUCCGAUGUUGUCGGGGUUAUCGCUUCCUAUGUUAACUGGAUCUUUGUGUGUUUCUUGUCAGUUCUAGUCAUCCUUUUUGCAGAUUCUAUCAGAGAGAUGUACGUGUACACUGGACAAGACAAGAAGGUUGACAUGACCAAUACUGCUAGCCCCUCCGCUCAGGAACACAUCCUGAUGAAACUGUUCCGUGCUCAGCGCAACUUCUACAUUACUGGAAUCUCUCUCUUCCUUCUCAUAGUACUGAGAACAAUGCUGACUCGAGUGAGCAGAGUUGCUCGUCUUGAAGCCAACUAUGAAGCCAUGCAGAAACAAGCUGUCAAUGCUGGAAGCAUGAACAAAGUUCUUCUUGAUGAGAACAGUGCUCUGAAAAAGAUGACCGAGGGUAAGGAGGACCUGUUGGAGGAGGUAAAGAAGAUGGAGGAGUACAAGGAUCUAGUAAAGGCAGCUGAGAAGAAGGCAUCACAGAGCAAGGCAGACGCUGAGGCUAUGAGGAAACAGAGUGAGAAUCUAACCAUGGAGUAUGACAGACUGCUUACUGAGCAUCAGAAACUUCAGGAUCUGGUUACUCCAUCUGACAAGAAAGACGACUAAGAAA